CAUUUCGCGCCCCAAGUCGUAUUCGCAAUCUCCAGCACUUACCUAGUCAAUACUAUCUGCAUACCUACACAACAUACCCUCCUCCCAGGCAGAUGUCGAGUCUGGGGCUGAGUUGAGCCCUCACGCACCCGCGCACCUAACCUCCACACCAUGCCCCUCCCGCCCACACCCUCAUGGAGAACCAAGAUCCCGACACCCUCCUCCUCCCCUCCCCCGAAAAGCUCCGCGAGAUAGCAGAAAAGCAGGACGCGAAAGCGAAGGAGAUUGCAGAGCGGCGCAAGCGGGAGGGCCUCGUGCCGGACGACCGCGAUGCGGCGGCGCAGCUGAUCCAGAAGAACUAUCGCGGGUACCGCACGCGGAGGGCGUUGCAGGGGUAUGGGCUGGAUUCGAAUGCGCGGUGGAUUGAGGUGUUAAAGGAUGGUGAGAAUGUCUCUUUUUGCUUCUGGGAGAGGUGGUUGCUGAUGUGUGGGUAUAGCGAAGUACUACAAUACUACCAAGACGGUGUCGCGCAAUGAGCGCGAUGGCACCUCUGCCACGCAGGAAGCACAGAUCCGCAAGCGCUGGAAGCGUGCGGGGACCAUUGCUCACCGGGCUGGCAGCGAUGAUACCGACUC